AUGAAACACAUGCAUGAACACACAGAUGAGAGCCGAACGUGUUGGCCCAUUCUGAUCUUGCGCAACCGUUUGAUGGUCCUCUCGAUGUUUCAGUUCACCACGAGUAGUUUGAUUGGAGGAUUUUCACUCCCAGAGGCCGCAGGCACAGGGUUUCCCUCCCGUGUAUAUCUCCAAAAGAUGGAGAUGCGCAGUCAACUGACUCAGAUGAACAGGCUCAACGCCAGCGCCAUCGAUCUGUCUGCCUUGAAGAGGGAACAUGCCGUGUGGAAGAUUGAGGUCGAAGACUUUCCAGCCUUCGUCGUUGUGGACAACAAGGGCAACGACUUCUUCAAGCAAUGGUCCAAGGAGGCUGCGAAGGAGCCGGAGGCAGAUUCUUUCUUCGACGAAACGAAAGAGUUCUUCUUCGGGAUGGACAAAAACAAGGAUGGCAAGCUCGGGGUGCCAGACCUGAUGCGCGGCUUCAGCAUCGAUGAGGGGAAGGCGAAGCAGCUGGUUGAGCAGUUUGACGUGGACAAGGACGGUUGGAUAGAUGUCAAAGAGUUCGAGCUCAUGCUGUUCAAGAGCGAGGAGUUGAAAAAGCAAAUGCAUGCUUAA